AUGUUAGGGAAUAACGUUUGUGAUAGCGUGUGCAAUUAUGAUCAUUGCGCGUGGGACGGAGGUGAUUGUCGCAACUUACCAAAACGGUUGAGGCCAAAGGACAUAGAUAAAGCCCAUUGUGACUUUACCACUUCCAUCUACUACACAAAUGCAGUAUACAACAGGGCGUUUGUGCCAAAGGAAAGACACCUUUUCGCCCAUGCUCCAGUGUUUAUUGACAAAAGAGUGAACGACGAUAUGGUUAAAAGGUUUUCAACUGAGAUAAAAGAAACAUGCAGCCAUAGAGUGAGAAGUAAUAUGGAUUUUCAGUUCGGGUUUUCGUACAUGAACUUUUUGAUGGAAGGCAACAAUAAUUCAAACAAAUUUGUUCCUAUAACGAAGAGUAAAGACGUCGCAUUCCUUGGAGUAGAUCUGAAUGAAGCUCAAACAAUUAAACAUCUAAGUGCACUGAAGAAAAAUAUAAGGAAACAUAAAUUUGUUUGCAUAAAUGACGAUAUAGACUACAGUAAACAAUCCGCAGCUGACAAGGCGGUAUCACUACUUGAGGAAUGCUACGGCUCUUUAUUUCCCAACCCUUCGUCAUUUGAAACAAGUAAAUGA